CGGCUCUGGUGGUAAACAGUAAAGAUGGCGGCCUCCGUGAGGAGAGCUGCGCACGACAUCGAAACGCGAAAACGAACCGACGAUGUAGUUCUUUCUGAGAAUAUUAAUUUCAGCUCUCUGCUCCUGUCCGAGCCUGUGCUCCAGGGCCUGUCUGCCGCGGGCUUUGAGAAGCCUUCCCCCAUCCAGCUCAAAGCCAUCCCGCUGGGCCGCUGCGGUCUCGAUUUGAUUGUCCAGGCUAAGUCUGGAACGGGGAAGACAUGUGUAUUCUGUACAAUCGCGCUGGACUCUCUGAUAUUGGAAAAUCCUGCAACACAAGUGCUUGUGCUGGCGCCAACACGAGAGAUAGCCGUGCAAAUUCACUCAGUGGUGAUGGCUAUAGGCUGUGCCAUGGAGGGACUCGAAUGCCACGUUUUUAUUGGGGGCAGGCCUGUGAGUCAAGACAAGGCUCAUUUAAAGAAGUGCCAUAUUGCUGUUGGCUCACCAGGUCGUAUUAAACAGCUUAUUGAGUUAGGCAUGUUGUCUACAGCUAGCAUCAGACUGUUUGUGCUGGAUGAGGCAGACAAACUACUGGAAGAAGGAAGUUUCCAAGAGCAGAUAAACUGGAUAUUCUCCUCUCUGCCAGUGACCAAACAGAUGCUUGCUCUUUCUGCUACCUACCCAGAAUCCCUUGCUCAGCAUCUCACUCGCUACAUGAUCGAGCCCACAUUUGUCAGACUAAACCUGAGUGAUAUGGGCCUUAAAGGUUUAAAGCAGUAUUACAAACUGGUACAGAGUCACCCUUUACCACACAAGAUUUUUGAGGAAAAGGUGCAGCACUUGCUUGAACUUUUUUGUAAAAUUCCAUUCAACCAAGCUCUGGUGUUCUCCAACCUCCACACAAGGGCACAACAUUUGGCAGAUAUUCUGUCCUCUAAAGGCUUACCUUCAGUCUGUAUCUCAGGUGGCCUGAGUCAGGACCAGAGACUGGAAGCAAUGUCCAAAUUGAAGCAGUAUCAGUGCAGAGUGCUUAUCUCCACUGACCUGACGGCCAGAGGUAUAGAUGCAGAAAAAGUGAACUUGGUCAUAAACCUGGAUGUGCCACAGGACUGGGAAACCUAUAUGCACCGCAUUGGACGGGCUGGACGCUUUGGCACUCAAGGGCUGGCUGUUACCUAUUGUUGCCAUGGGGAGGAGGAGAAUAAGAUGAUGGCAAUCUCUCAAAAGUGUGGCUUGAGUCUGUCUGCAUUACCUUCCUCCCUGGAACCCGGUUUAAUGGAGGAAGCCUGUGACUGGGAUGUUUGCAGUGAAGCUUCCAAUCCAGAUGUGCCAACAUUCCCAGUUGCCUCAAAGACUGAGAAAAAACACAGGACAACGGAUGUGGUCAAACAGAAAGAAUCUUCUACUAAGAGAAAAGACAUUAAGGAAAGACUCAAACACAAACUGAAUACUGAAAGAGAUUUGGACUUGCACCCUCAAACUCAGGUAUUGAGUCAGAAACCAUCUAAUCGCCAUCCCAUAGUCUCUCAUGAAUCGUCUCACAAAGAACAACAAGAGGCUCUGCCCAAGAUCCCGUCUCUGAGUUCUUUCAAGACCUGUAACUCUCAGUUUGUAACAUUUGAGGAAGCUGAGAGGGAUUUUCAAAACUUUAUUACCAAAGGUCUGGGCAGAACAGUAGAAGUUAUCAGACAAUAUGGAGGAAGAGAUGAAGGCAGCUCAGAAGAUUUGAAUGGAUAUACAGAGUCAUUCACACUUGAUGACAGUAGUACAAAGAGUGUGGUAGUAACUAGUGAAUAUAGAAAACAACAAAUUUCACUCUCUGAAUUGCCAAGUUCUCAGUCAGAUAUGGAGCAAAAUGACAUUGCAAAAGAUUUUGAUCAAAAUGAAGAAAAGUCUGUUAAAAAUGCUGCCAUUGCCCCGAGCAAAAAUGCUGUCAAACUAACAUCAGUCAAACCAAAGAAAAGUUUGCAGACUGACAGCUUUUCAAAUGACUCCUCUUACUUAGAGGAAGAUGGAGUUAAAAUGGGUGUUAAAAUGAGCAGGCCAACAGACAAGACAGCAGCAGAAGAGUCUGAACAAACCCAUUUUAGAAAGAUCAAAAAAGAAAACCAAAAACAUAAACAAAAUGGUUUGGGGCGCAAUAAUAAAAGGAGAAAUAGAGAGGCUGAACGCAAAGAGGAAGAGGAGGAGGAAUCCAGUACAGAUAGUUACUGGAGCAUGUGGCACAGCUCAUGGGAUCAAUACCAUCCUUAUCAGCAGUAUGCAUACCACAGCUACUACAGUGCAGCUCAGUGGAUGGCAGCAUAUCGAAUGAAUGCAGUUUAUAUAGAAGAGCUUCUUAAGUAUUGACUCUAAAAUGACAGAAAGCACUUAAAUAAUAUUUUGUGUUUGUUCAAUAAUGACACGUUUUUGUAAUAAAUUCAUUAGUUUGAAGCAA